CCGGAAGUGAGGUGCGGUCUGCCGGCCGGAAGUGACGGCGUGGGCUGGCAGUUGCUGCGCAGCGUCGCUGAUGUGAGGCGGAGAGAGAGGGAGUAGAGGCUGCAUCACUGGAAUCGCUCAGUCAGGCUCCUGAGAAACACCAUGAACCCAGUAUACAGUUCAGCUGCCUCGGGGGUACCAUAUGCAAAUCCAAAAGGAAUUGGAUACCCAGCAGGUUUUCCAGUGGGUUAUGCGGCAGCUGCUCCUGCCUUUUCUCCUACAAUGUAUGCUGGUACAAACCCAGCCUUCCAGACAGGUUAUACACCAGGCACACCUUAUAAAGUCUCAUGUUCUCCAACCAGUGGAGCGGUGCCACCUUACUCCUCCUCUCCCAACCCAUACCAGACAGCUGUAUACCCGGUUCGAAGUGCCUAUCCACAGCAGAACCCUUAUGCACAGCAAGGCACUUACUACACACAGCCACUAUAUGCAGCACCGCCUCAUGUAAUUCAUCAUACCACAGUUGUUCAGCCGAAUGGAAUGCCUGCUGCCAUGUACCCACAACCAAUUCCAUCACCCAGAGCAAAUGGUGUUGCCAUGGGAAUGGUAGCUGGGACCACUAUGGCAAUGUCUGCAGGCACUUUGUUGACGACUCAUUCCCCAACUCCAGUAGCUCCUCAUCCCGUUUCCUUGCCUGCUUACAGGACUCCAGGAACGCCUACCUACAACUAUGUACCCUCGCAGUGGUGAUCAACCAGUCACUGGAAAUGUUGAAAGGUGGGAGAUAUGCAAUCAAACAAGUCUUAACACUUGGUGCUGAUUCCCACAUGCCUCCAACCAGGAUCCUUCCUUCCAGUACAUCAAUGCUCUCAACACUUGCCAAACACUACCAAAAAAAAAUCUCGAAAGAUUAUCAUGGCUGCAUAUCUUGCAUCUUGGAACUCAGCAGUACUCAAAGUCUUAUGGCAAAACCUGUUUUGUGGACUGUCUUGCAAUUUUAUAGAUUACACGAAAGGGAGUAUAAGCAUAUUUGGAUUCAUAUCUAGUUCAAUGCAUGUUACAAAAUGCUUGCUCAAAUCUACCUGCAGUGACUAAUGCAAAGCACCAUAUGCAAAAUCCAAAGGAACUGAGGUUCAAAAAAUAUUUUGCAACUUAAUUUCAAUAAUACGGAGUCUUAUUGUAUGUAAUGUUUAAAAAAAAAGAGUUGUGCAAGUGAAUUUCUAUAACUCAGCAGAAAAAAAAACCUCCUGGCUGAUCUGUCUGACUUGAUGUUUUUUAACGGGAACAGUUAAAUUUCUUUAGCCAGAUUAUUCAUUUACAUUCUUGAGUAGCAGAUGCAUUUACAGCACAGCGCCUGGAGGUGGUGUUCAGGUAGGCAUGAAAUGAAGCCUGCAGGCAUUGACUUGACAGUCCUUUUUUCAUUUUAAACUGCAUUAGAUUCAGUGUAAUAGAGAAAAAGGCAGCAGUAGAGAUUAAAGUGAGAUGAAUGGAGGAAAUGUGCAGGCAUUUUUUUAAAUGAAUUUGGAACAGCAGGUAGUUGUUGGGGAAAAUAGAAGUAUUUUUAUAUUCUUUGAUUUAAUAUUGCAGUAACAUGUUAUGAAUGCCUCUGACUUAAAAUCAUGACAUUUGAUGGCUUAUAGGCUUUUAGUUCGGCAACCCAUUAUAUUUACAUUUUUCUCCAUAUCUCAAGUUUUCCAUAGGUUUUUGUAGAGUCCAAAUCACUGAUUAUCAUUUGGGAUAGUAGAAUAAAAUAUAAAACAUUUUUUUUCAAAUUUGUCUAUUUUUCACAGAAUAGGCCUCAUUUUUUUAAGCAUUGGAUGUGUGAUUGGAUGCUUCCCAGUAGUGGACACAUGUAAUAUAGGUGACAUUAUUUUUAAGUCAACAAACAAUUUUCAUCAUUGUCUUAUUUGAUUUGUUCCAGGUUGUGUGUCACAUAGGAUGACUUCAUUGGUCAAGCAAGGUUGAAUAACAUUUUUGAAGGCAUUUAUGCUAAUGCUUUUGAAUAUUCAAACUGUAGUAUGAAACCAAAGGAGAUAAAUUUCUUAAUAUUGGUUUAGGGAAUCUGUCCAUUACAUAAUCCCAUAAUUUUAAUUGGAUUUUUAUAGGAUUUGGUUUCUGCAGCAGUCAUGUUUGAAUUGUGUAACAGACUGCUCCUUAAAUGGGAGAAGAGGCAGAUCCCCUUUAUUCAGCAUAUGUUCGGAGCUUUCUCCCCAAUCUCUACAUGCAUUUUACUGAGAAAUAGCUGUUCUUAGUUCCCAGACCCUGGGUAAUGCCAUUCUUGAGCUUGCUGUUAGGAGAUACAAGCAAAUAGUGUAGGUUGACUUAUCCUUCAGCUUUUCCUAUUUGGGCUUAUUGCCUUACCCAGGUGGCUUGGCUAAGAUCUGACCUCGCUAUAUUGGAUGAGGAAUUGCAGGGAAAACAACUUGAGAAGCUUGAGUUAUGGUAUCCAAUGUAAAAAUCCCAUGUUCCACUUGCAUUUUUUUUGCGUUCUUUGCUGUAAAAAGAAGUCAAUAAUGUAGAUUGAAAAAGUCAAGUGGGCAAAUUGGCUGGUAUUUGUUUAUAAUGACCAGGUUAUUUUGGUUAGGAAUCUCUUUAGUUUUUCUUUUAUGUUUCAUAGCCCCUAAAUACUGCACAAAAAUUUUAAUGUAUAGGAUGCUUAUUCUUUUGCAACAAUAGGAAACAAGUUGAUAAAAGGGAGUAAGGCACUGCCCAUCUCAAGUUCGAGUCCAGUUUAGAAAUUGGUAAUAAUCACAGCCUUCAAUUACCGUGAAAGUUCAUUGCAGAAACGACCCCUGAUCUGUGGUGAAAUCUGAUUGUGUCUGUGGAUUAGGAUUGUCUAGCAGUGCAGUUGAGAGCAUUCAGUUGUCUUCCUGGCCGUGUUUGUGAUAUGAGUAAUACAAGGAGUAUUUUGGAUUGCUGCUGGCACCAUACAUGAUGCAAGAGGGUCCAAAUUCUCGAGUUACUUUUUUUUCUAGACUCUUGUCAAAUUUUAUCUGAAUUAGCACAAAUUGAGGAAAAUAGUUGUGGAAACCAUUGAACAGCUUAAUUUAAUGUAGAGGAACUAGUCAGUCUAAUGAAUUAGAAUUGUUUUUGAUAGUAGCUAGCAAAGAAAUAUUCAAGGGGAACAAGCACACAACUUUUAGAAUUCGUAUAUUUCCUAUUCCAUUUUUCUAUAUUGAACUUUUAUAAUGGAUUUAGCAAGUAUGUUAACUUCAUUUUAAAAUACUCCCACGACCAAUUAUUAACCCAUUUUUGGAUAGCCAGCAGCAUUAUUGCUGGGAAUAGUAAUGGUCAAGACAUUUAACUUUAAAAAAUGGAGCAGUCUGAAAUUUACUGGGUUGUUUACUGAACAUAAACUCCUUAUAUCAGGUUGCACUAAUUGCAAUUUGUGUGUCCAAUGUAGUAGCUUUGCAAAAGGUUUCACAUAGUGGUGUCCUGCAGGCCCAUAGAGUAGUUCCAUUUCAGAACAGCAGUGUGUGCUUCGACUGGCACUUCUGAGGAUGUCUUUUGCAAACCCUGCAUUAAAAUAGCAUGAACAAGGAAGGAGUUUUAAAAUUGAAAGUGUGUUCAUAAUCUUCUGAUUCCUCUUCAGUUUGAAGUGAGUUAGGUUGUGAAUUCUUCACUCAUUUUCAAAGUAAAAUUGUGUCCAAUGUUACAUCUGGAGGGGGUUGUUUUCUGACCUGGCAUUUACAGAGCUUGGAAAAUUUCAAAUGCUUAGGAGUACUGUAAUAUGGGUUUUCAAUCUUCAAACAUACACUUUGACAGACUACAUUGACAUUCUAAAAGAUUCCCAAAAAAGACACAGGUUGCAAUUUUAACACAAGUUAUAAACAUGACUAUAAGAGAGAAAUUUUAAAGAACAAGUGUAUUUGUUGAUAGCUCCUUUAAAGAUUUACAAGUUGCAAAUCAGGGCUUGGUAUUAAAUGAAAAUUGAACCUAAAGUGAGUAACCUAUAAUCAACACUGUACACUGGACUAAUGCUAUUUGUUCAAUUUCCUUUUGUAAACUUGAUCUUUUUACAUUCUUCUCCCUGCUUCAGCUCGCCUGCUAUGCUGUGAUGUACACUGAAAUAUUUUCAAUACUGGCAUCAGUGUGGACUGUGUAACUGAGUGCAGCAUGGAAAUUUUAUUGAUCAGUGGUUUUUCAAAUAUGCAGCCCUUACUCACGUCACUUGGAAUCAGUUGUACUUCUGUACUGUAGCAUUACGGAAGUUAGUGGGUGAUCAAGCAGUGAAGGCUAAAUCAUCAGUGCAAAGCUGCUGAGACAGCAUUCGUAGCCAGCUUGCACAAUUCCUUUUCUUUUAAUGAAUGUUUUAAGGAGAAAAUAAUGGGUACUGAGAAUAAGAAAAAUCAACCAUGGAAACCUGCCAUGGACAAUGUUUAAUAUAAAGCACUGUUUAAAUCUGGGAGUUUCUUCAUGUUACACUGCUGUACAUGCACUCAUUUGAAAUACAGCAAUUUAUGUUGAGUUUGAAAUUUAGUUGCUUUUUGUAUUUUUUAAAAAAGACUUGGUAGACCAAAUUAUGCUUUGUUGCACAAAUUAUGAUGAAUCAUUCAUUUGCAAAUCACUCAUUUGGUGCUUUAGCCACUUAGUGUUCAUACUGGUUACUUUUUGCAUUUCAAGUAGUUACUUGAGAUGACUACAGUUUUGUUUCUUAAAAUGGGUGGAAGAGAAUCCAAAAUUUCGUCUCUUCACAUCCAGAAACUUGUGGGUGCCCAAGUUUGAGAUUCACAACUGGCCAUCCAACUUUCUGCACUUUGCAAUGGGAGACAUGCAGUCUGGGCUGGUGUUGCAUUUUUGAAGGAACAUGCAAGCUUGGCAUACUAAUUCUAUUUGAUCUCUCUUCCAAAAGCUCAAUUUGGAGAAGGUAAUUAACUGAUUUGUAGAGUUACAUUAGGGAUAAAAACGUACUGAAAAAUCUGUAACCUCAUGCAAUUUUGACAGUUGCUUUAGAAUAUUUCCAAGCUGCUUAGGGGGCAACAUAUGCCAUAUGCUCAGGGACUGAUUGAGAAUGACCAAUUUGUAUUGAGCUAAAGAGUGUGCAUUUCACCACGGUCCAUAAAUACUGCUUGUAAUUGAAGUGUAUUUUCUAUUAAACCUAACACCUCAACAAUUUUCACACUCCAUGUGUUCCUUCAGUGCAAUUCAAUGUUCAACUAAAGUAAUUUGUAGUGACAAUAUCUGUUUUGAAUAUUGGGUUGGGGCAAAGGAAAAGAGCUGUACAAUAAACAUAGCAAUCAGUAUGGAUCAAUGUGCAUGUUUGCAUGUUCUUUUAAAGCAGUUAAUAACUGGGUUGACUAACCUUGCAAAUGUUAGAUCCCUGCCAAGCAACAAAAUGCUAUUUUUCUAAUUCUUUUUGCAGGGACGUAGAGGUUCUGCUUCUCCCCCCUCCUUUUACAUUAUGAAUGUUUAUUGGGAAGCAAACAACAAAACCUAAUUUGAAUUGAAGGAUCAUUAAAACACCAAAACAUAAAGGAGCUACCCAUCUGUUCUCAGAAUUCUCAACAACCCCCACCCUCUCCCCCAGCUUGCAUUCUCAUCAGACCCCAGUGUGAGUCAGUGUACUCGGUCAACUGCUCAGCAGUAGUCUAGGUGGAUAUAAUCUGUACUAUUUCCCUGUUUAAUAAAAAAAAAAUUGGGAUUUUGAAUUGCAGAAUCUUACAGGAUGAGUAGAUUGUGUUUGUUGGUGUGCAGUGUAGUUCUGUAUGACAGCUUUUCUGUUCAAAAUAAAAUGAGCAUAUGCAACACAUAGGCACAGCAGAAUCACCCCAGUGAGAGUUAAGUACAUUUUUGUUAGAGGCACACUUUUUAAAAAAUUUGACUUUUGAACACUAUGCUUAAUAAAAAAUAUUAUUUUGGUACUUAUUUAGUCUCGGUCAGUGUUGUCUUCCGGAAAUCAGUUAUAAAGCACCGUUUUACAUUGGAUAACAUAAACCUGAAAUUCUGACAAUUCCUUUCUGAGCCAAUUCAAUUAUGUGUAAAUUCAUACAUUGUUAUUUUUUUAAAAGCAAUCUGACAAGUAGAUGAGCUCAGAUUUAAAAAGAAACUUCAAGGCAUGUUUAUUGUAACAAGAAUUGUUAUGUAUUAAUACUUAAGUUUUCAAUAAAGAUUGACUUGUGUUGCUUA